CUGUACAUGUGCUCAACUUGACAGCACUCUGUUGCACAUGCCUAUCCAUGUCCAUGCAGCGGUCCAGUUCUUGUUUUCAAAUCCUCCGGGUGGGCGGAUGAGGAGAAUGGGCUAAUCAGGCAGAAACCAAACUUUAACUCUGGGGAGACAGGCAGCAAGACACGGAAGCAACAGACUGGAAAAGCAAGCUGGGAAGCAAAGUGGCCAACUCUCUGGUCGGUGGUGAUGAUGAAUGCAAGAUGGAGGUUGAAUUGGGGGAGUUGACAGAUGAGGAGGCAGCAGUCAUCUUGGAUGUUUUGGAAAGAGACAAGCAGUUGCAGAAGCGGGAGGAGAGGAGACUAAGCCAACUGGAGAAGACAGAAUGUGACCCUCUGCGCCUGCGCUUUCUCUCGGGCACAUGGUUUACUGAGGAGAGGGACAGGCGACACCAGAGAGGUGGAGUGGACAUAGUGCAUGACUCCAUUCGCCAGAAGAGACGUGUCAAAGACAUUCCUCUGACGACUGUUUUUGAGAAGCAGACAGACAUUGAAUGUAAGCAGACAGCUGAAGAGGAUGAUGAUGGUGACCGAGAUGAGGAAGAGGAAGAGGAGCACAGAAGGGGUUCCGAGACCAGGGUGCCUCCCAUACCUCGGCCAAGAGUCAAAACACCUCUGCAAGUCUGUGUCAAUUGUGAAGAUGAAAAUGAUAAGAAUUCAGAAAGCAAAGUCUCCACACAUGGUGAUGUGUCUCUAGUAGGAAGAGGUGAGGAAGAAGACGCUGAGGAGAGCAUCUCUGAGCCGCCGCCCUCCUCACUGCAGGACACUGACUCCAUCAGCAUUUUGGAGCUUGAUCCAAUCAGAAUUGGCUCAACCAACAGUUUGCAGUACAAUACUACGUGGAAUGGCAGUGUGACAAGUUUGAUGAGUGUUGGGGAAAUCGGGGAUGCGGUUGUGAGUGGACGAAUCCAGUUCUCCCUGCAGUACCACCACCACAAGGAGGAGCUUGUAGUGUAUGUGUAUCGCUGUCAGGAUCUUGCGCAAGCCCGCAGAAACCGCACAAACCCGUAUGUAAAGGUCUAUUUGCUGCCGGAUAUGUCCAGUCAGAGUAAAAGGAAGACAACUGUGAAGAAGAAAACAGUUAACCCAAUCUACAACGAGAUCUUCACAUAUAAGGUAGCUGACAUUAGGGGUCGCGUUUUGUCGCUGUCCGUGUGGCAUACCGAGGCCCUGAGGGCCAAUGUGUUCCUGGGGGCAGUGGAGGCCCAACUGAACCACUGGGACUGGGAGAAGAGCCAACCCGGCUGGCACUCCCUACAGCCCAGAUUCCUCAUGGAUCCUGCCAUGGGAACUACCACAGGAACCAUACUGCUCUCCAUGAAGUUCGUGCCAUCUGGCGCCGAAGGCUCUGGCCUGCCCCCUACAGGAGAGUUGCACAUCUGGCUUAGGGAAGCUGCGGUCAUCUCUUCAAAACACAGAGUUCCCAGCACAUUCGUCAAAAGCUGUGUGUUACCAGAUGAGAACCAGUCUAGUGGCCAGAGGACUCGCGUGAUCAGACGCUCAGCGUCUCCGGUGUUCAACCACACCAUGGUGUACGAUGGCAUCCACGCGUCUGACCUCACACACAUCUGUGUGGAGAUGACCGUGUGGGACAAGCACGCUCUCGCCGCACACUGUUUGGGAGGAGUGAGGUUCAGCACAGGCGCCGGUGUCAGCUAUGAGCAGACAGUGCUCUGGAUGGACUCAUCGGAGGAGGAGCAGAAAGUGUGGAUGGCAGUCAUGAACAAUCACAACCGCUGGGUAGAGACUGCUCUCCCACUAAGAACUGACCUACAGCCCUACACCUGAAUCUAAUUCUUAGGCUUACAUUUGCUUACUUGCACUUAGAACUUUGAAUGCCAGUGUUAUUCGUGCCACUCGUGUGAUGUAUAAGGGGGGAAAGAGCAGGCAUGUGAAGUUGAAGAAUUUUGGUAGGUGAAUAGAGUGAGGCGUCUCUUUAACCUCUCUUCUGUAACACUGACAUUUCACAAGGAUGAAGAUACAGUAAGGCACGGUCAUAAAGAAUCAUGUGCAGAUAUGUAAUGUAUGACUUGCUCUUAGUGCUUUGUAGAAUUAAUCUCCGAGUGAUGUGUGAUUGCUGCUAUAGAACUAUACUGCACAAGAAAUUUGAAGCUCAUUGUCUUCACUUGAUUUUUGACACACACACACACACACACACACACACACACACACACACAUGUGCACUCAUGUAUUGUGACUCAACUACCAACCGUACCUCCUGAAUCGGACUCACUGACUCAAAUUCUUGCUAUGGCUUAGCUAUUUGCCCGGCAGUUUAGAAUAAAGGUGGACAAGUACAAGCUUGCUAAUGCUCAUUUUCAAUGAUAAGAAUUAACAUUUUCAAGCAUACCUUCAAAACAUGCUCAUGUGCCGUUCCACAGAUUUUAUUUUUUAAUCCUCUCAGCUCUUGCGCCAUUUUGAGGUAAUUUCUGUUUUAGCUAGUAGUUGGUUCAGUGUUACAGUCAGCUAAUGAAGCUUGUCAGGCGCAAUCAACACAGAGCAGGGAGAUGUUAGAGGGGGGCACCACAAUUUCUUUUUUGUUAAUGUAGGAAAAUAUACUCUGUCUACUGUUUGAUUGAGUAAACAGUUAUUCAAAUGAGCAAAACUACUGUUAUUGGUUCCCAAAGCACAGUAUGUGAUGUGUACCACCUCUGUCACACAACAACAGUUUUUGGUGUUAUGAUAUCUACAGUAGGAAACCUAUAGGAUGAAUUGGCCAAUUGCAAGGGUCCUGCACUGACAGGGGCAACAUAGUGAUCACUGUUACAGUACAUUUACUAUGACUUUUAAUUUAAAUGUUGAUUGUUUUAACUUGAUGUCAACCCUGUUUAUUAUCUCAUUUAUUUAUUUUUUUCAUGGUCAGUUCCAGUGAACUGCAUUUACAUCUGAGGACUCAGAUUAGGCUACUGUCAUCUGAUGCAUCUGAGCUUUACUUACUGUCUCACACUCUUACCCCUUCAUACACAGACUCACAUGCAUACCGUUGACGGAGGUUGCCAUAUUAAGGUGCUAACCAGCACAACUGAUCAGUUGGGGUUCAGUGUUUUGCUAAGGACACUGACACAUUGAAUCAGCAACCUUUCUAUUACUGCACACUUUGUUGAGAGCAACAGAAUGUCGUCCGAAAGUUUGGCAAAGAUUAGCAGACAAAAAGGUACUUUGCCAUUUCAGCUAUUUGGUGGAAUUUAGGGAAGGAAAACAACCCAGAGUCAUUGUUCACAUGACUAAUAUGAAACUAAGAGUCACCAUGUACUUGAACAACAAUAAGUACGAGGCCCACAAAGGGACUUGAUAUGAAGAUGAGAAUUCUUUUUUUUAAAGCAACACUAAAGCACUUUUCUUCUGUCGCACACACGCUAUUUGUUUAUCCAGCAAAUAACAGACAAGGUAGAAUAUGUUGCAUGAUUUUAUGAAAGUAUGAUGUAUUGCGACAUCGAAGCAAGUC